AGUGCCUCUCUGGGUGAGAUGAUCUCGCAGCUCUCGGAUGUGGGAGUGCCUGUGCCGGGCGGUUUCAGCACCACUGCCCAUGCCUACAAGGAGUUCUUGGACAAGGGAGGCAUCAACGAGUUCAUUAACGACAAGCUGUCGGACGAAUCCAUCUACGAGGAUGUGGACAAGUUGAUGAAGGUGGGCAAAGAGAUCCGUGACAAGAUCAUGGACACACCCUUUCAACCCAACUUUGAGGAGGAGCUGAAGUCAGAGUGGGAGCGCGUCAGCGGUGGCGAUGAGAAGUUCACCUUUGCCGUGCGAUCCUCUGCGACCGCCGAGGACUUGCCCGAUGCCUCCUUUGCUGGCCAGCAGGAGACUUACCUGAACGUCAUGGGCUAUGCCGACAUGAAGGAGAAGGUGCACCUUGUGUUCGCUUCCCUGUUCACGGACCGAGCAAUCUCGUACCGCCACGACCGCGGUUUUGAGCACGAGAAGGUGCAGCUGUGCGCCACUUGCCAGAAGAUGGUGCGCAGUGAGACGGGAUCCGCCGGAGUCAUGUUCUCCUUGGACACGGAGAGCGGCUUCAAGGAUGUGGUCUUCGUGACUUCUGCGUACGGACUGGGUGAAACUGUUGUCGGUGGCACCGUGAACCCCGAUGAGUGGUAUGUCUUCAAGCCAACCCUUGCUGAGGGCAAGAAGUCCAUCAUCUCGCGCACCAUGGGCUCCAAGCUCGUGAAGAUGGUGUACAAAGCGGGCGGCGGCUCAGAGACCAUCGACACCAGCAGCGAGGAGAGAGGAAGCUGGUCGGCGACAGACGAGGAGGUCACGGCCUUGUCGGAGAUGGCUGUGAAGAUCGAGAAGCACUAUGGACGGCCCAUGGAUAUCGAGUGGGCCCGGGACGGAGAUGAUGGCAAGCUGUACAUUGUGCAGGCUCGUCCGGAGACAGUUGCCUCUCAGAAGAAGGUGGGCGUCAUUGAGGAGUACAAGAUGCUGGAGAAGGGUGGAGAGACCGUCGCAGAGGGCC